UCUCGUUCAUCCCCUUUUAUCCCGUUCUCUGUCGAGCCUUGCGGUCAAGCUCCCCGAUUUGAUGCCGUCCUCCCCAAAUUGGUGCAGCUGGCCGCUCGUCGGCGCUCUCCCAAGCCUGCUCUACCGGCACCCUGCAGCUGUGCUGCCUCCUUUCGGUCUUCUGUGCCGUUCCGUCAAACCUAACCCGAGCAUGGGAGGAGUGGGGCACCGAGGCAAGCCGGCAGCUCUGAUUCCGUCGGUAGUUGGCUUCCUGCAGACUUUGCUCCAAGGAAGGCGGUCACGGGUCACCCAACCGGCGGGGUCGCUGAGCCGCAGAACCUAAGGUCCCAUCAGCGGUGCUCGGACGAAGGCGUAGCACUCCCCUGAUGCAACAAAACGCUUGAUGCUGCAGAGGUUGUUAACUCAUAUAGGAGAAAAAGGAAGAGAAUCAGUACCAUCAGGAGACCUGACGGGCCCUGUUGCCAAAGACUGCGCACCUCCAAGUAUACAGCCCCUAAGAAAGGACUCUGUGCCUCAGUUUGAGAGCAGAUUAUCUAGAGUGAGAUUAAGGAACUAUCAACCGAGCCAGCUUGCUUGCUAUCACGCUGCCGAGCCAGCCUGCUUGCCAUCACGCUGGGCAGCAAGCAUCCUGGCCAACGGCGAGCCUAACAUCCGCAACCCCCUGUCCCCAAAUCAUCCUGGGUCCUGGCGACCAAAGGUGGUCCGGGUAGGCGGACAGGCUGGGGAAAUUGCUAAAGAGCGGCAAGGAUGGAUCGCUGAAGACGCAGGAUGCUGCUGGAAACCAUGGACGGUGGGCGACAUGGACUGAGGGGCAAAAGGAAGAGGGACUGGAGGCCAGCC